GUAAUAAUUGAUGGUAUCACGAUACCUCAGCUACCUGGAACGCCGGGGCCCGAUGAUAAAAAACACCUUUAAACCCCGGAACAAGCGUUCUCUUUGCUUUUUCUUUUCCAAAAUAUGUAUAUAGCUAAAGCACAUAUGGGGAGCCUCGUUUCAAAUCCCAAUUCCCCAAACCAUUGAUCUUGAUAUGGGACAUGCCAAAAUGUCUUUUCCCUCGUGUUCCUCGACUUACGAAGACUGUAUCAAGCAGAGCGAAAGCCAGACACGGCGAGUGUGUUGGGAUUUUCCCAGGAGGAUUAAAUACACUAUAGCUGUUUCCCUCAUAUCCCUAGUGUUUCUAGCUUUCUUUCUCCGUCGCCCAGAGACUUUUGUUCUGGAGCAAUGUGGCACCGAGGAUUUAUUCGACAUGGCCCCUUUAAUUGAUGGCCACAAUGAUUUUCCAAUAUGGAUCAGAGCCUUCUACAACAAUCACAUAUAUCAACAAAACUUCAGUCAAAGUCGAAAACUUUAUGGGCAGGUUGACUUCCCUCGUCUCCGAACGGGAAAUCUACGAGGUCAGUUUUGGAGUGUAUAUGUGGAGUGUCCAAGUGAACAUGGAAAUUACUCGGACGGCGUUUACAGAGAAAUUGUACAUGAUACUUUGCAACAGAUUGAUCUUGUUCAUCGAUUAGUGAAAGAGUAUCCCAACUUUCUGGCGCAUGCGUCUUCAAGUAACGACAUUCGAAGGAUAUUUCGUUCUGGUUCACAAAUAGCUUCGCUACUAGGUGUUGAAGGUUUGCAUCAACUUGGCAAUAGUGCAAGCAUAUUACGCAUGUACUAUUCCUUGGGCGUUAGGUACGCAACCCUUACUCAUACUUGCCAUAAUGCCUAUGCGGAUAGCGAAGAACCUUUGACACCACUUCAUGGCGGUCUGUCAGAGGCUGGGAAAAAGAUGGUAAAAGAAAUGAACCGCCUUGGAAUGAUUGUGGAUCUAUCACAUACAAGCUUUAAAACACAGCGUGAUGCUCUGGAUAUAUCAACUGCACCUAUCAUUUUCUCCCACUCAAACGCAUACACGAGAUGCACUCAUACUCGAAAUGUUCCAGAUGAUAUACUCUGGUCUCUUAAGAAAAACGACGGUAUCAUAAUGGUAACAUUCUAUCCUUCGUUCUUAGAGAAUGAUCCCACGAAGGCUACAUUAAGUUCGGUCGCCGACCAUAUUCAAUAUAUCGGUAGCAUGAUAGGAUAUCGACAUGUUGGGAUUGGGUCUGAUUUUGACGGCAUGGCAUCAAGUCCUAGGGGUCUAGAAGAUGUUUCGAAAUAUCCAAAUCUCGUCAAAGAAUUACAAUUACGAGGACUUCGAAGGGACGAUAUACUAGGUGUGAUGGGUCUUAAUCUUAUUAGAGUGUUGGAUCGAGUGGAAGUUGUUGCUGCGUCAAUGAUCAUGGUUCAUCCUCUGGAGGACGAUGUAAAGCCUUUUUUCUGAGACUUAGCCAGCACUCUAGUUCAACACACAUUUCUUGAU